GUGAGGGUGUGUGUGGGUAGGAGUGUGGGUGGGUAGCUGAGUGUGUGUGUGGGUAGUCGUGUGGGCGGGUGGCUGAAUCCAGUACAAGCCACGUUGCCACGCGUCUAUCUCCGUCCGUCUCCACGGUCGCUGAUAUUUUUCGUGGCGACGUGAAAUAUUGAACCGGCCGCUGUGACUCACUCCCUCGCUCCUGGGUCAUCACCCCACCCCCGGGCACCCAGCCGCCCGCUCAGCGAAGAGGCGACUUCGAACAAGCGCACGAGGAGAGAGAGAGAGAGGGAGCUGCCGUCAUGGGGAUGGUGAGCGUGAUCCUACAGGUGGCUGCGCUCUGGACCGGCGUCGCGAGCGGAAUGAGCCUCCCCAGCGUCCUCAACCGCUCCCAGGGGUCGGCCUCCUCGUGCAGGGAGCGCUGCUUCGAGGUGACCCCCAGCGCCGAGGACGCGUGCAGCUGCGACGCGCUCUGCAUCGCCUACAACACGUGCUGCGCCGACUUCAACGAGCUGUGCAUCCAGCCAGGCUACGCGUGGAACUGCGUCAAAUCGCGCUGUGGGGAGAAGCGCACCAACCAGACGUACUGCAACUGCGCGGACGACUGCCUCGAGCACAGAGACUGCUGCACCAACUACAACGUCGUCUGCAAAGGAGAGAAGCACUGGGUGGACGACCAGUGUGACGACACCGCGGAGCCAGAGUGUCCACCAGGCUUCUCGAAGCCUCCGCUCAUCCUGGUGUCUCUCGACGGCUACAAAGCGGACUACCUCAACUUCGACAAGACCAUCAUCCCCGUGGUGCAGAAACUCCGCACGUGCGGGACCAGCGCGCGCCACCUGAGGCCCAUGUACCCGACCAAGACGUUCCCCAAUCACUACAGCAUGGUUACGGGCCUCUACCCAGAGUCCCACGGCAUCAUCGACAACGUCAUCUACGACAGCGAGUUCAACGCCACCUUCACCUACCGGGGCAAGGAGAAGCUCAAGCACCGCUGGUGGGGGGGGCAGCCAAUUUGGAUCACGGUGGAGAAGCAAGACAAGAAGUCCAGCACCUUCUUCUGGCCAAGCGGCAUCAACCACGACCUGCGCGUGUUCACGAUACUGCGCUGGCUCGACCUUCCCCCAGCCGAACGGCCCAUCGUGUACGGUCUGUACGUGGAGCAACCGGACCUCAACGGUCACCUCUACGGGCCCAACAGUUUCAAGGUGAAGAGCAUCCUCGUGUACGUGGACGAGCUAGUGGGGAAGCUAAUGGACGGCUUGAAGCAGAGGAACCUGCACAAGUGUGUGGACAUCAUGUUCGUGUCAGAUCACGGCAUGGCUGACGUGAGCCGCAGCCGUGUGGAGUUCCUCAGCUCCUACCUCACCAACGUCGACAACUUUGAGCUCAUCCACGGCUCGUCGGCACGCAUCCACCCCAACGCCGCCGCCGCUGGCGGCCACCAGACGUUCGACCAAAAGGCUGUCAUGGCGAACUUAACUUGCCGAAGACCGGAUCAGCACUUCCGGCCGUACCUCAAGCAGCACCUGCCCAAGAGGCUGCACUACGCCUUCAACCGCCGGAUCGAGGACAUCCACCUCUUUGUGGACGAGCGCUGGCUGGUGGACAAGAAGGAGAGCGGCGACAAGGAUUACCUCUCUGGGGAGCACGGCUACGACAACCGUUACGAGAGCAUGCAGGCAGUCUUCAUUGGAUACGGUCCCAGCUUCAAAUACAAGACGGAGGUGGACGCAGUGGAAAACAUCGAGCUCUACAACCUCAUGUGUGACCUCUUGGGAGUGAUGCCCAUGCCGAACAACGGCACGCACGGCAGCCUGAACCACCUCCUGCGGAGGCCGGUGCACCGGCCGGCGCUGCCCGAAGAGGUCUCCAAGCCGGCCUCGUGCCCGGCCACCGUCGCGGCCGAUGAGGACCCGCAGUGCGAAUGCGACCCCGGGUCGUACCCAGCCGAUUCGCUCAACCGCCAGCUGCUCAACUCCGUCCCGCAAGAUAAUCACCACUUACCGUUCGGCCGCCCCAGGGUGCUGCUGGACACGCGCUACUGCCUGCUGCACCACACGGGCUUCGAGAGCGCCUACAGCGAGGAUUACCGCAUGCCCCUGUGGACCUCCUUCACACUGCCCAAAAGCAUCAACAUCAACGAGCCCUCGGCCGCGCUCGCCCAGUGCUUGAAGCCCGACAUCCGGAUCCCCGUCAGCAAAGUCACGGCCUGCAAAGCCUUCAAGUCCACGUCCAACCUCUCCUACGGCUACCUCUACCCCCCGAGUCUCAGCCGAUCGGAGUCGUCGAUGCACGAGGGUCUGCUGGCAUCGAACAUCGUGCCCAUGUACAAGCCGUUCAAACGAAUAUGGAAACACUUCCACGACGUGCUACUCAAGACGUACGGCAACCAGCACCAUGGCAUCAACGUGGUGAGCGGGCCUGUGUUCGACUACAACGUCGACGGGCGCUUCGACCCCGUCGACAAAAUCCUGCAGUACACGGACGCGUCGCUCUUGAUGCCGGUCCCCACCCACUACUUCAUCGUCAUCACGAGCUGUCGGGACAAGGCGAAGGGGCCCAACCAGUGCGAGGGGAAGCUCGAGGCCUCCUCCUUCAUCCUGCCGCACAGACCCGACAACGAGGAGAGCUGCAAUAGCGAGGAGGAAGAGUCGCGGUGGGUGGAGGAGCUCGUGAAGAUGCACUCGGCGCGCGUGCGCGACGUGGAGCUCCUGUCGGGCCUCGACUUCUUCCACCAGACCAACUUCGCCGUCAACGAGAUCAUGGCCCUGAAGACGUCGCUGCCGACGUUCACGCUCUGAACGAGCCCGCGUGUCGCCCGCGUGUCGCCCGCGUGUUGCUCGCGUGUUGCACGCGUGUUGCACGCGUGUUGUCCGCGUGUCGCCCGCGUGUUGCCCGCGUGUUGCCCGCGCACACCCCCUUCCCCACCCCGUCCCGGCGGUUAUCUCGUGUUUGAUGGUGUAUAUUUUUCAUACCUAAUUUGUAUUUAUUGACAAGCGGAAAAGCAGCAGCAGCAGCAAUAAACAAACAACAAAAAGUUAAAGUUAAAAAACAAAAGUGGUGGGAGCUCGGGUUGUGGUGGUGGGCGGUCGUUGGGGAGGGCACGUUGGCAUCUCCGCACGAAAUCGUCAACGGACUUUCACGCUCAUCAUGCCUUUUAUUGCCAUCUAGAAUUUUGCCGAACAGACGACGUCAGCAGCAGCGGCAGCAGCGGCAGCAGCAAACUGCUCGACGAUAUUUAACUCUCGCUUCCCCGAAGGGAACGCGACGGCGCCUCUCUCAAGCCCGCUGGAGCUUCUGCCGCGCCCGAUGGAAAGCCGGGCGCGUUACUAUGUACCCGUGGAAAUGUUUUGUAAAAGUUUUGCCGUGCAAGAGAAUGAAUAUUA